AGACCAUUCACAGGAGCGUUGCCUCUGAACCCGAUAACGACAAGUCCAACCUAGUUACCUACAAUCUUUUCGACACCGACCUUCCAGAACGAGACACCGGGAAAUAGGAGAUAUCUGGCGUCGACUGGAGAACGGUUCCCGCAUCACGCGCCCGAUACGGCCAGAUAGUGAUCAGCAUUAUGCAGUGUCCGUACCUGGCACUCCUGGGCACCACUCCCUUCCGAUUUCUGAGCCUCCUGUGAUGCGGGGUCGCCGUAGGGAAACGACUAUGAAAGUAUAUCGGUUGUCUCGCUUCGCGUGCUUCAAACGACCCAGCUGCCAAAGUCUGCAUCCUCAGACCUUGAGAGGUUUUACUUACUACCCUGGCUGCCUAUUGCAACGAUCCGAUCCGCGUCAUCCCGCUAGAGUUCACACCUGUCUCGAUAUCGAUCACUUCUCACUUUCUUCAGUUCAACGAUGUACUGGUACAAGACUGCGUGCCCCCCCCUGGCUUUUUUUUUUUUACGGCCAUAGUCAAGUGCCAGGCGUGUUAGUGGCAUGCGGCGGAACACCAGUCGGCGGUGUACCAGUUCUGCCCGUCAAGCAUCAUGGGCCGGUCGAAGAUGCGAAUCGCACCAUGGCUCCUGUUUUUUGGGGAAACAAUGAUUCCACAUCUAUCAGCCCCCAUCUCUGCUGUGGAGACGUGGCCGGGAGCGACCCAGCGACCCAGCGUCUAUGUACGGUAUGCCAGAGUGCAAUUCCUUUCCCUUUCCAAACGCAAUAUGCCCGUCACCCCCGUGUAUUUCGUCAGGUGGAGAACUGUCACGUAUCCAUGUCUACUUGGUGUCACGGCGCAUGCGGGUGCAUGGCGGCUGGCAAGUCAGACGUGGAGUUCCUGACGAUGGAGAUCCAUGGAUGGAUUUGGGAAGCCGAGGCCUAAGCUGCGUAUGAGUACAACUCCAACAUCGUCCAACCAGCUCCAAUAAACGGGUGGUCGUUACGUCUUACUACUUUUGUAGAGUUCCCGCCAUAGUUCGAGGCCGCUCUAUUCAACUUGGAGUCUAGACCGCUCAUAAUUCGAAGCAUAAGUUCUCGUCCACGCCUAAUCCACAACUACAGACUCCUUGCUACUUUGUGAUAUUUCGACUUUUGCCAGGGCUAAAC